AUGUUGCCUCCUCUGCCGCCAGUCGCUGCGCCUGUAGACAAACGAGCCGAUCCGCUUGAAGACAACCAAGACUCGCCACUCGCCAGAGACAGAGACCCGCUCGUACCAGACGAAGCACUCCACAAGGACACGUCGCCACUCGUCUUGCUCGUACUGGUCGUGCCAGAUGCAGCGCCGCUACCCACACUGAUAGACCCACCGGUCAGCGCACCUUGGCCACCUACCAGCUCGAUCAAGCCACCAGUAGACCCUGCCGUCGUCGAAGAACUCAGUCCGGCCGUGAUCGACACCUGGCCGCCACUGCCCGCAGAGCCGUCUCCCACGUUCACCAACACGGAGCCGCCAUUACCGCCCUCGCGCUACCACUACUGA